AAUUACCAAAAACUAAAAGCAGAAAUUUCUGAGCACAAUACGCUACAGUUUUUGUUCAGGUACGGAUUAAGGAAUUUAUUCAAAUAAAUUGAUUUCAAAUCCAAUUUGAAUGUCCGGGCUUACGGACACUUUUGACGACACCACAAGAGUCGUACGGAGGCAUUUCAUGUGUUUUAUUCUGUUUUGGAUUUGUCUGCAACGCUGUUUACCCCUGAAACUCCAAAAGUGUUUCGUGGACUCUCAACUCUUCCCCCUCUCCUCCAUCGGCACAGUGGUGGCUCGCUAAUGGGUGAAUCUCAAGUUCCAGGUGAACUAUCCCUUUAAAUCCGGGUUCUUUUCCGUCGGCCUGUGAAACAACGUGUUCUCUUCUUCCUGUCAAGGUGGUGCACCUGCUCACACAAGCCCCGCCCCGCUCCCCUCUCGCCUGCUCCGGCUGGACUACAGUACCCAGGCGGCACCGCGGCGCGCUCUCGCUGCGCCAGUCCACCUCGCGGAACCAGUUGGUUUGGCCCAGCUCCUUCUUCUUCUUCUUCUCCUCCUCCUCCUCCUCCUGCUGCUGCUGCUGCUGCCUCCUCACUGAGUGUGUGUGUGUGUGUGUGUGAGAGCUCCGCCACCGCUGCUGUUGUUGUCAACCUUCGCCGACGGAGAGAGGAAGACUCCCCCUCCCCUCUCCCCCUCUCUGUGAGGAGGGCCGCUUCCAGUUCGCCGUCACUUUCCUCCUCCUCGCCGGCAGCACCAUUGGCUUCCGCGCGGUGCCAGUCAACUCCUCUCCCAGCCCGAGUUGAGCAGCAGCAACAGCUCGGAAACAUCUGGCCGCCGCAGAGUGCUAAGACUCCCCCGUCCCCUCUCAGCUCGCCCGCCCGCUUUCCUCGCCUCGCCUCGCCUCCUCAGCCCUGUUAUGGAAAUUAGUCCAAAGUCAAUCUAGUUUUGUCUCCGGUGGACACGCAGAGGGGAAGCGGAGGGGGGACCCGGACGGAAGGAGCCCGGGGAAGACGUCGGACCGUGUUGUCUGUUAUGAGGACGGCAGGAUGGAGUUCCCAGACCACAGCAGACAUUUACUCCAGUGUCUGAGUGAGCAGCGGCACCAGGGCUUCCUGUGUGACUCCACGGUGCUGGUGGGCGAUGUCCAGUUCCGUGCGCACCGUGCUGUGUUGGCCUCCUGCAGCAUGUACUUUCACCUCUUCUACAAGGACCAGCUGGACAAGAGAGAUGUGGUGCAUCUCAACAGCGACAUUGUCACAGCCCCGGCCUUUUCCCUGCUCCUGGAGUUCAUGUAUGAGGGCAAGCUGCAGUUCCAGGACCUUCCCGUGGAGGAUGUGCUGGCAGCGGCCAGCUACUUACACAUGUAUGACAUUGUGAAGGUGUGUAAGAAACGUUUGAAGCAGAAGGCCACGGCGGAGGCGGACAGCACGCGCAGAGAGGAUGACGGUGGGUCCAGCUGCUCUGAUAAGGCAGACAGUCUAUCAGAUGGUUCUACCGGCCGGCCUGCGACUGCCGACCUGCUGCACAGUGAUGAGGAGGAGGAUGGAAAGGCAGAGAGUGGACCGUUGUGGCUGCGGCUGCCGUCUGCGGACAGACCAGCAACACCAGCCUUGGCUACAACCAGCCCAAAUCACGGUGAGGCUGUGACACAGGCUGGGGAAGUUCUUCGGGAGAGAGGAAAGCUGCUCUCCCCGGCCGGAAGCCCCACCAGCUCCACUGGAUCCCUCUCCCAGAGGUCACACCGCUCUGUGAGCUCUCGUGGAGGGCACAGGGGCAGGAGGGUCUCAAAUGAUGUGGCUGACUGUGUCCUGGACCUGUCAGUGAAGCCUGUCCCCAGUAGCAACCACAGUAACCACCACCAAUCCUACUUCAGCGGUGCAGCCACACCAGACAGCCUCCAAAGCCCAUUGGCUGUGAGGGUGAAGGUAGAGAGAGGCGUGGCUUCAGAUGAGGAAGAGGAACUAGGAGGUGGGGACUAUGAAAUGGAGCACAGUGGCAUCACCAAGGCAACAGUUCCCAGCGCCAACGGGGGCCUAACCCACCACGGGGUCGGAGGGCCUCUGUCAGUCCAGCGGCGGCUUGGCCUGGAAGCGCACCUGUCCGCUCUGCGAGAGGCCUCUCUGGCCUCUGAGUUGGAGCGAGAUGAGAAGCCUUCAGCCACAGCAGAUGAGGAGGACAUACUCGGAGGUGAAAACGAGCGCGCCCAGGCCGAGGUGGCCAGCAUGGAUAGUUCCCUGCUGCCCUACGUCUCCAACAUGCUGUCAGCUCAACACACCCAGAUCUUCAUGUGCCCGCUGUGUAACAAGGUUUUCCCCUCCCCACACAUCCUCCAGCUUCACCUCAGCUCCCACUUCAGGGAGCAGGAGGGCAUCCGCGCCAAGCCCGCCGGAGACGUCAACGUGCCCACCUGCACCAUCUGCAGCAAGACCUUCUCCUGCAUGUACACGCUGAAGCGCCACGAGCGGACACACUCUGGUGAGAAACCCUACACCUGCACCACCUGCGGCAAGAGCUUCCAGUACUCACACAACCUCAGCCGCCACGCAGUGGUGCACACGCGUGAGAAGCCGCAUGCUUGCAAGUGGUGCGAGCGGCGCUUCACGCAGUCCGGGGACCUCUACCGACACAUCCGCAAGUUCCAUUGUGAACUGGUCAACUCGUUGUCAGUAAAGAGUGAACCGCUGGCGCUGCCCAAUGUCAGGGAUUGGGCGAUUGAGGACAGCUCCCAGGAACUGUGGAAGUAGAACAGACUGCUGGGUUUGAUAAAGGGAAAGAAAGAGUAGAGUGAGAAAGGCAGAGAGCCAUGGGGAGGUGAAGAGAAGUUUGAUGUUCGGGGUUUAAGUGAGUCAUGUUCUUGUGUCGCAAAAUCUCAUUCAAUUGCACUUUAAUAGCACAUGAAAAUGUUACUACUGAUUUUCUUUUUUUAUUCUAUUUUAUUCUGAACUCUUAUUUUUAUUUGGCGUAAGUUCUGUUUGGUGGUUUUCAUUGCGUCUAAGGACAUGGGUCCCAGUGAGAAUGUCUUGCCUUUAUUUUAUUUUUUUUGAAGAGUUUUCACUCUGUUUGUGUUUCAUCUCAGAAACAACACUCCGACGCUGGCCAGCGUAUCGGUCCCAGUCCCACAGACAGCAAACACCACUGCAGGAGUUCAGGUCGAACACACUGAAGUGAAAAAGCAUUACAAUACACUAAACGGGUACUGUGAUCACAACAAGUCGAUACCACCACACACACACAGUUUGAAGAAAUGUGUGUGUCUGUGUGUGUGCGCAGUCCUGCACUACUCUGGCAAAAAUUUCACCUGAUGUGCGUGAGUGUGUAUGAGUGAGUUUUGUGUGUAUUAAUUUUAUUUUCUACUGGCAUGGAGGUGUCGUUGGCGAAGCGCUCCCCGCUUCUCUCGUUAAGCUCUUUGGUGUCGUGUGUUCAGGGGGAAGCUGACUGACUGACAGACUGAUGGCACUCAUGCAAUGCACAGCCUCCUUUUUUCACUUUUAAUCAAUUUGAAGUAUUUUCUAAAAAUGAGAAAGACCUUUAAAAUUAUUAUUAUUAUUAAUAUUAUUAUUGUUAUUAAUAGAUUUUGUUUCUUAAAUCUAGCUGGCAGUCUUUAAAACAUCUCUUGUUGAAAAAGUAAUUUAAUUUAAGGUUGUUGUAUAUUGUUCUGCUAUAAUUUUAAAACUUAAAUCCUUUACCAUUUUUUUAAAUUAAUGAUUAUUAUUAUUAUUAUUUUGUUACUUUUUUGUAAUGGGACCUGCUGUUGUUGCAUGACGUCCAAACCUGUAUACUUUAAAAUAAAAUGUGAAUUUGCUGUAUUACUGUACACAUUGUAAUUGAUCAAAUAUUUGACAACGGGCUUUUCUUUUCCUUUUCUUUGUGAAUACUACUCCAGGGUGCGGUCUGUUGAAAAAUCUGAAUAUUAUUCUGGAAAAAAAAUGCAUGAAAAUUUGAUUUUGUCUUAAACCUUUUAAGUUGUGGUUUUUGCAUCAGGGGGGAAAUGUUUGAACGUUACACUCGUUGACAGUGAAGAGUUGGGUUUUUCUACUCGUUGUAGGUCUGUCGCUGGGCUCCUAGAAGAAUGUUACCGAAUGUGUUACCCUCGGAUGUUGAAGCGAUACGAUGAAGCAUUUGAAGCCUGUGUCUAUAUGCACUGAUCUCUCUGCUGUGUGUGUGUAUGUGUGUGUGUGUGUGUGUGUGUGUGAGAGAGAGUGUUUACGAGCAUGUGACUUGGUUAUCACCAGUCAAUUUAACCUACUGACGAUCUGCGUCCACCCAGCACUUCCUCCUCCUCCUCCUCCUGCUCCUCCUCCUCAGGCGUUACAUUUCUCCAUGGCUGCAUGUUUGUUUUCCGUCUCCCCGUCCUCUCCAGCUCUAGACGCCGUCGUUGCCAUUUCUCGGUUUUAUCUUCUCACUGGGCACUUACUUCAGGUCUGAGUGCAGGUUUGUGGCUCUGACGUGGCUGCAGUGUGAAGGAAGCGGAGAGAGAGAGUGAGAGAGAGAGAGACAGGAAGCAGAGAGGAUGAACCUGAGAUGUUCUGCUGAAAGUUGAAGGGUCAGAUAUCUUCGUCGCGCUGUUGCGUGGCGUCGAGCUGUGCCGAGCUGAUUCUGUACAGUAACUCACUCAGCUCAGCGCCUCUCGCAUUAGACGAAGCAGCAGCGUAAAUGUGAUCAGAUGUUUGUAUGUGAGCGUGUGUGUUUUUUCCACUUCAAACAUUAUCCUGACUUUGAGAGAGACGGGAGAGCAUUGGCAUGCCUGAAUGCACCUUUUUAGGCUAAAAGACAUGAAAUCAGAUUUUUUUGCUGAAAAGAUGCCUUUAUUAAAAAAAAAAAAAAAACAUUUCUGACGCUACGGGAGUAUUUGAUACUGUAGAGCAUUGAGAAAUAGAUAAUGUAUAAAUUCAAGGAAUUUUUUGAAUUUGUUGGAAAAUGAUGUCUUAUCAUAUUUUGCUCAUGUGAUCUGAAUUUUUGUUUUGUACGUGGAUGUUGUGUUUGGGUUGGGGCUACAUCGGUUUAAUUUUAACUUUUACUUUUAAACCUCUUUUCAAAUUUUUUUUUUUUUCAAAGUAAUGGUCAAGCGUUGAUACAAUCCAAAACCAUUCAACGCAGAGAUGCUGAAAAGCGAAGGCUCCGCAUUUCCCCUCACUCAGACGUGUGUUGUGUGUGUGUGUGUACAUGCCCCCGCUGGUGUGUGUGCCGUGGCUGUAUGUGCCGCCCCGUCAUCUGGUGGCACCUACAGGCUUUGCCAGUGCAACAGUGUGGGUGACAUUGCGGCAGUUUUAGCCGCAUUGUCUCGUUUUUGUAAUUUUUUUCCCAUGAAAAAUUAUUUCUUCACUGGCAGCGUCUCUGCAUAUGGGCUCACUCCAUCCUGCUGUUGUUUUCAUCAUUACUGCUGUUAUGUUUUUUUUUCUUCCGUUCCGUUCUGUUCCUCUGGUUCUACUUGACCGCCUUAAACUGCUGUAGUCCGGGCUAAUUUUAAAAUUUUAUUUAAAUUUUAUUUUUCGAUGUGUGAGUGGAGGGUGGAGUUUGUGGUAGUGAUGUCAACGGCUCAUGAUGCUAUGAAGUAACCACCCGGAUGAGACAUCUCCUUCUUUUGCUGUGCUUACUUGAAAACAAAAGGGGGGGGGGGGAGUUUUUUAAAGUAAGGUAUAAAAAUGUUGAAAUGUCAUAGACAGGUUAUGGAACGACAGAUGGGGGGGUGGAGGGUGGGGGGAGGGCGUGAAACGACGAGUUUGUUUUGAAAAAGGACAAUCACUGUCUGGGGGGAAAAAACAAGCAGAUUUGGAUUGAGAUGUAUUUGCUCUCCCUUGAGAUUAAAAAGAAAAAAUCUUUGCUUUUCUUUUACGUUUCUUUUUCAGAUUUAGUCAUGUUUAGCUUUGACAAUCAUAGUUGGGUUGAUUUCUUUUGUUUUUUUGUUUGUUUUUUCUCAAGGGGAGUAAAUUCUAAUUGUGUUUAGUUUUGUAAUUUUUUGGUGUGCUGUUGUUGACAUUUUUAAAAUUGUGUGCAAACUGCAAUAAAUUAUAAGAAUCUUGAAA